CUGUUACUGUAGAUCGUAAUAAUACUAGACCUAUCUAUUAACUAUUAUCUAUUACUAAAUUUAUAUUGGAUUAAUAGUAAAUAAUUCUGAAAUUACCAUCAUAAAGUGUCACCAUGAGUGAACAAGACACAGAUGCAAGUGGAACUGAAGAUGAGGAAGAAAAAGAAGAGGAUAAAGACAUUGAUGAAUCAGAAGUGAAAGAUGCUGUUGAGCUAGAUACUUCAGGAAAAGUUUUAACUGAUUCUGAAAUAAUAAAGAAAUAUCAUUUUGUAGACAGUGAUGAAGAUGAUUUGAACUCUAUCAGUGAUGCAGAGGAGUACUCCCCUCCUAUAGCAGCCCUUCCUCCAAAAAUUUCAAAGCAAGAGGAAAAUCAAGUUGAGAUUUCAUCUAGUCCAGCUUAUCAAUGUCUUGAAGAGCUGUUUCAAGAAGGCAAACUGACAGGCACAAAAGUAGCUUUUCUAAAAGCUAAGUAUUCAGAGCUUCAUGAAACAUUGAAAAGGACAAGAGAAAAUGAAUCAAGGCUUUUGCAAGAAGCAAAGAAAUUCGCUAAUGACCUCGACAAGCAAUGUGAGGAAUUAGAGAAGGGAGACAACUUUCCUGAAAACUCUAACACAGAGGUCUCAAAGAUGCGAGAGCAGUUGUUAAAAUAUAACAAUGACCUCAUUGAAGCCGAAGAUAAACAGUACCAACUGGAAUAUAAAAUUGAAUGCUUGGACGAGGAAAAGAAAAUCAUCCAAAGGGAAUAUAGCAGAUUGCCUAAACAAGGGGAAAUAGAGAAGAAAAUCAAAGAACUUCAGAAUGGUAAUGAAGAAAUGCGUAAAGAAGUUCUACAAAGACAGAAUGAAGUGAAAACAUUAGUGGAAGAUUUGGACAGGACCAAUCACCAAAUAGCUCAUGAUAAGAAAGAGUUUGAAAAAUUAACAGAAGACAUGGAAAAACUGAAAGCAGAGUUAGUCCAGAUCAACUUUGUCCCAGGACAGACAGCCAAAGAAGCAGAUAAAAUUUUACGCCAGAAAAACUCUAUUCAGUCCCAGCUUGAGGCAUUAGAUGCUGAGUACAUGGAGAAACUUGAGAUUAUAAACAAUAUGGAAGUUCAGCAGAAGGCACUGAAAGAUGAAUAUUUUGAGGCAGAAACUAAAUUAAAAUCGCUGAGAAGUUUAUUAAGUGAAAAAGAAAGAGCCUUUGCAACUGUUGAGAAAGAGUAUGAGCAUGCCAAAGAAAGAGAAACAAUGCUUAAUGGAGACAAAGCAAAUCUUGAUAUGAAUCUACGUCACAUUCAAAUGGAAAGAAAGAACCUUCAUGAUAUCUACACAAGGAAACUGAAAGAAAAAGAACGAGAUAUUAGGAACUUAAAAAAAGCUGAACUGCAACUGAAAGUAGCAGAGGAAAAUUUGAACCACACAAAAUCAAUUCAUGAAAAAGUCAAAUCACAAGUCGCCUGUUUGCCUAAAGAUGAUGGCUCAACGGUGAAGAAACUGGAGGAAUUACAGAAAGAAGUUGAGCAAGCAAAGAGAGCAUUGGCACAACAGAAUUCAUUGACUGCAGUGGAGCAUGUCAAACUAGAAGCAAGUGCUUUGGAAGAACAAAACCUCCUGUAUGAACAAAGUGAUCUACGUAUUGAAGUCGUGGAACUGACAAGACUGGCUGCCAUUAAGGCUGAUGAAAGAGAACAGAAAGCUCGAGAUUUUAUGCGAGCUGAAAUGAAAUAUCAUAGAGCUGUGGAAGAUCUCAAAACCAAACAGUUGCAAAUUCAAGACCACCAAAAGAAGUUCCAGGAAAUGCAAAUCAAGCUAAAUGAGUUUGCCAAGCUCUAUGAUGUGAUCAAGAAUGAAAGAAAUAAAUGUGUCAACCUCAUACAGACUUCAUCACAGAAAGCUGCAGAGAUGAAAGAAAAAAUCAAAAUAUUGAAUAAUGAGAUUGAGAUACUUAGGACAGCAGUCAUGUUGAAAGACAAAGAACUACAGAAGAACAAACUGAAACGCAUGAAUGCCAUUGUCAUGAGAGACUCCCUUCGCAAUGAGCUGACCAAACAGCAGCACCUGGCAGAGGAGAUGAAAGCCAAGAGAGACCAACAGAAGGUGGAGCUUGGUAAACUGAACCUGUUGAUUAACCAGGGAGAAGAACAAAUGAACAAACUGAAAGAGAGAUUUGAAAACAAUGUGAAACACAGAAAUGAGAGGGGAGUUAAAUUGAUAGAGAGAAAUGAGGAAGUCUGUGUCUUCUAUGAAAGAGUUAAUAUUCAAGAUCAAAUGGUCAGGAAUGGGGAGGUGGAGUUGAAAACUAAAGAAGAGGAGAUCAGGUUUUUACAGCUUCAGAAACAAGAAAUGAAACGAUCAUUGGAACUACUAAGAAAGAAUGUCCCAGAGAAACUGAAUCUGGAGAAGGAGCUAGUAACAUUGCAGAUUCAGUUGGAACAAUGCCAAGACAGGAUGCUGGCCAUGGAGAAAUCUUUAGAGAAUCCUUAUGAUGAAACACGAGUUCGACAACUAACAGGAAUAGAUCCCUCACCAGGGGAGAUUCAUAGCAAAGUUGAAGAGUUGGAAUUGAGGCUGGCUGAGAAAGAAGAGCGUCUGUUAGAGAAAGACUUGAUAUUUGAUCAAGUGGAGCGGCUAGUCAGUCGUAUCAGCAACAAAGCUCAAGCUGGAAAAGAUGACACAUUAAACCUGGCUAAAAGUGUGAAUAACAUUCAGGCCAGGUUGAAAGAGACCACACGUAAAAUGAUGGCCCUGGUUUCAGAGCUGUCCAUGAACCAGGCCCAGGCCAUGAAGCUCCAGCAGGAAGUCAAGGAGAAGGAAGCAGAGCUGGAACAGUGCUACAUCAGAAUGGAAAAAGGGGAUGCCCCCUCACAAGAGAUAGAGCUGGAGUGGGAGAAGAUGAUGAGAGACCUGGAAAGAAAGAUUGAGGAAGUGGAACUCAGGAGACAGCUGGAAGCUGAGGAAGAACAGUAUAAACUAGCUGGAGGUGUAUACACAACAGCUGUGCCACGCCCAAAUGCUUACAUUCCAGAGGAUGAAUCUGAGCUCCCCAUUCCUCGGCCAUAUGGAACCCAAGCCCCAUUCAAGCCUUCGGAAACUGGUUCAUCCAUGAGACACAUUAGGAAACCAGUGCCAAAACCUAUUGAAAUAUAAACUUUUACAUAGCACACAAGUAUUUCAAAUAUCACCCUAAAAUAAAAUAGGCAUAUGGUUUGCAUGCCUGAGUGAGUAAUUGUCUACACUCUCUAUGGGAAUUUAACACUUAGCUAUUUCUUUUCAGUUUAUAUGCAUUGCAUUUUAUUGGAUUUCAUGAUCAUUUCAAUGUGAAAUAAAGUUUUGAACCCAU